UUUAGUUUGUUGUUUUUCUUGCAACUUGAAACACAUUUUAAAUGGAGCAGACAUUGGAAUAUAUGUUUCAUUUCAGUUGGAUAAGGGAGUCUUUGAGGGAUCUGGAAAUCCCUUCAAUGAGCGACUCCCAACAGGAGCGAUACUGGAGAGCAGCAACUGGUUCGUUCGCCUUGCCGGUGCUGCUGCUGCUGCAACACCUACAACUAACGGAGGAGAACGUGCUGACAGGCAACUAUUCACGUCCAUUUUUUGGUGGAAUAACGCGGCACAGAGCUUCUUAUACACCUUUCCCAGGCUUUAAUAACAGUUGGAAAGCAGAGCUUCUUCGCCAAUGGCAAGUCCGGUUGCAGACAUAGUACAGUCUCAUCAGCAUCACCCUGUGACCGAGUCGGCCGCAGACUCCGCGUUUCAGGAGGCGCAGACAUGGAUAGAGGCUGUGACAGGAAGAUGCUUUGGUGACAAGGACUUCAGAGGAGGUUUGGAGAAUGGGAUACUGCUAUGCGAGUUGCUGAGCUCUAUUAAACCUGGACUAGUGAAGAAAAUUAACAGACUUCCAACACCCAUAGCUGGCCUGGACAACCUCAGUGUGUUUCUGCGCGGCUGUGAGGAGUUGGGAUUGAAAGGCUCCCAGCUGUUUGACCCUGGAGACCUGCAGGACACAUCGACACGCCCCACUGCCAAGGGAAGUGACUGCAGCCGAAAGCUCAAGAAUGUUCUAAUCACCAUCUACUGGUUGGGUCGUGCUGCCAACGGCUGUACCUCCUACAACGGUCCCACGCUGGACCUGAAAGAGUUCGAGGGCCUGCUGUCACAGAUGCGAAAGGAGGCGGAGGAGGCAGAGAGCCCUAAACGCAGCAUCCGGGACAGUGGCUACAUCGACUGCUGGGACUCUGAGCGCAGCGACUCUCUCUCCCCGCCACGGCACGGCCGCGAGGACUCGUUCGACAGUCUGGACUCCUUCGGCUCACGCUCACGACAGACCCCAUCGCCGGACGUCCUGGUCCCCCGCGGCAGCAGCGAUGGCCGCGGCAGUGACUCAGAGUCCGACGGUGCCCCCCACAGGAAGAUGCCAGACAUCCGUAAAGAUGACAUGUCGGCGCGGCGGACGUCUGUCAGCGAGCUACGAACCGCCAUGCCCUUCAACCAGUACCUGCCCAACAAGAGCAACCAGAGUGGAUAUGUGCCCACGCCACUUCGCAAGAAGAAGAAUGACAAAGAAGAUGGGUCACGCAAGAGUUGGAGUACUGCUACGUCUCCUGUAGGGGGAGACAGACCACUCAGUACUCCAGCUCGCUCGUGCUCAGAGGAAUUCUUCCACCAUACGACGACUCUUGCAGCAAACGCUGCAGCAAGCCCCGUGGAUGCAACAAGCCCCGUCAUGACCUCCGGGAAACAUCCACCUGUGACGGAGGAAGAGGAGGCAGCUGUGAGGAAGAGAGCCGAAGGUGUCCCUGUAGUCGCAGAUGCAGAUCGGGAUGAGAAGCGGGCUCGCCAAACGCUGACUUCUCCCAAACACGUCAGCAGCCCGAGUCCUCCCAACUUCCUUCCUGUGCCCCCCGCUGCUGUGGCAACAACAACAACAACAACAGCAGCAACAACUGAUACAGGCCGACGGAAGGGAAGAGCGCUGAGUGAAAGUGACGACCCACAGGGAGGAAACUCUUGGUUGGACAGCAGUCUUCCAGCAACAUUCAGCCGCACACAUAGUGCGUCAGAUGACCCACAGAGUGUGAGUAUGAUCGACAUGCGUGGUGAGGAGGAAGCCAUCUUGCAGCCUCACAGUCAGGUGCGUCAUGAACUGAUGCACAACCAGUACAACAGGAUGAAGGAAGAGGACGGUCACUGGCAGGAUGACCUGGCCCGAUGGAAAAAUCGGAGGAGGAGUAUCUCCCAGGACCUAAUCAAGAAGGAGGAGGAGAGGAAGAUGAUGGAGCAGUUGAUGACAGGAGGCAGCUGUAUGUCCUAUAGGAGGAGAAGUAUCAAGACCUACAGAGAGAUAGUGGAGGACAAGGAACGUCGUGAGGAGGAGCUGCGAGAUGCGUACAGGAGAGCCAGAUCCCCAGAAGAGGCAUCGGUCAUCCUCCAACGUUACGCCCAGCGUUUCUCCAUCAGUGAAACAGUCCUGGAGCGCCUACAGUUGCCAAAGAUCCUGGACCGCAGCAUAUCUGCUGAUCCGUCCUUUCCGUGCUCAGCCUUCCCUCUCUCCCUCUCCUUAUCUUCCUCCCCAACAACCCCAGACCCCUUCGACAUAGACCCCAAUGGGCCCAUGAGGUAUCUGCGGCAGCAGUCCGCCCCGGCUCCAAAGUUCACAUCUACACUGGAGGCACGAAUCGAGGAGUUUCCUAAAGACUCCUCACACCAGCGGCCUCAGAUUCGCUCGCGCUCGUCUGAGCCGCCAUCCAACCGGAACCUGUCGCCUAAACCAGUGCCUUUGCUGAUGCCCAAGCCUUACUUCCAGUCCAGAUCCACAGCACCUGAACCCUGGCCAAGCAAGGCGGAUGGUUUACUCCGAGUCAACGGCGACGUAGGAAGUGACAACGUUCCCACCACGCCUGAGAGCCUGGGAAGGGAAUCUCCUCCUCAUUUCGAGGCGUCACCUUCCAAAACCAGCCACAGCACUGCAGUCGCUCCCUCGUCUACAGCCUCACGAACGCACAGUCCACCCACCCCAAACAGAGGAAGAGGAAGCCCCGUGCCAACAAAGGCAAUAGAGGCACAAGGUGGCACAGAACCGGCUUCCAAAGACGUCCAAAAAGAAAAAGUCACUGAGCAUUCGUCAUCACCCAGCCGGCCCACCUCGCUCCCAUCGGAGCUGCAGAAACCAGAAGAGAGCUUUAGGAAGACAGAAAGCCAGACAGUCGCUGCUCCAGAGGAGGAGAAGUCAAAUGCUGCAACUCAACAAAAGCUUCCUGCAGAAGUCAAACAAGAACGAGAAAAAACUAAAUCUCCUGAACCAUCUCAAAACACCUCCAACCUUGCCCAGUCAGGGGUCAGCACACAGCAAAGUCAGCCAGUAACUUUACAGACAAGUGCUUCUAGUUCCCAUGAGUUGUCACAGAGAAGAGAGAAUGUGCCGAGCUUAGCUGCACCAGGAUCAUUUGAAUAUCACCCACCAAGGGAAACGACAGCAGAGCUUGCAAACAGUGUCAGGUCUCCGCUGGCAACCAGCAACCCUAAGUUACGCUGGGAGUUCUUCGUUCCGCCAGAAGAGACGGAGAAGGAUCGGCGUGGAAAUGUGUCAGUCCCGGUGUUGCCCCAGGCCAGACGGGGUGACCGCUGGUCUUGGGACCCGGAUGAGGAGCGAAAGCGUCAGGAAAGGUGGCAGCAAGAGCAGGAGCGCAUGCUGCAGGAGAAGUACCGGCGCGAGCAGGAGAAGCUGAAGGAGGAGUGGGAGAAAGCACAGAGGGAGGUAGCGGAGGAGGAGAGGAAGUACCACGAGGAGGAGCGUAGGAUACUGGAAGAAACUGUGGCGCCUCUGACUCCCCGCUCCUCAGCCCUGCCCUCCCCCAGCCGAGGGGAUGUCCCCUCCACCUCGCAGCCCCAGGACACCAUCGUCCGUUCGCUGGCCGACUGGGAACGGAAGCAGGAACUGCUGGAGAGGCAGUCGAGAGGGAGCACAGAGAGCGUUGAAUGGAAACGGAGAGAAAAUGACAGAACCAGUGACAUCAGCACCGCUGACGACAGCAUGAAAACAGGCAGAAGCUUGGUGAGUCAGAGCAGCAGUCAGGCAGAGACACAUGGUCACAGUCUGCAGAACGGCCAAAAACUUACUACGAUGCCGACCAAAGUCUCGACUCCAGUAAAGACACAAGAACAGCCUUCAGCAGACAGCAACAAGCCCAUCCGGCCUGCAGGAGACAGAAGGAGUGGUCCCAUUGAUAAUAACAUGUGCCGCAGCUCAUCAAAAAACCCCACAGCAUGUCCACCACCUCCAGACACACUGCCUCCAGCACCCAACAGGUCUGUCAGUGGGAAGAAGUUGUGCUCCAGCUGUGGGCAGCCACUGGGGAAGGGAGCGGCCAUGAUCAUAGAGACCCUCAGUCUUUACUUCCACAUUCACUGCUUUAAGUGUGGGGUGUGUAAGGGACAGUUAGGGGACACAACUACAGGGACGGACGUCCGGAUCAGGAACGGCCUCCUUAACUGCCACCAGUGCUACAUCCGCUCCCGCUCGGCCGGACAGCCAACCACGUUGUGACGCUCAACAGAAAAGCACACAAGGUUCACGGAAGAAAUCCCAUCCCUGUUUUUAACCCGAUUAUCUGCAAAUCAUGUCCUUCACAGCGUGUCGGGAUCUUUGCAUCCUCAGUAACCAAUGAAGAUUCAUCAUGGGGGCCAAACAGGGGAUCUGGGGACAGUUUUUAAAAAAAAUCCUAUUCUUCGUGUUUAUGUCAUCUGAUAUGUGAGUGAAAUCUGGAUUUGAUUGGUCCACGUACCACCACAGACUCUGUUUCAUCAUGCAGCAAGAAAGCAAGAGAGAGAGAGAGAAAGAGACUGUUCUGGGGUGGCGGCCAUGUUGAAAAGAAAACACAAUAACAUUCACAGAUGCUUCAAACACAGGUAGGCUCAUGUUAUGUCCUAAACUGUCGGAGUGAACACAGAAAAAAAGAUCAAGUCUUGGUUAGGUAAAAUCAGAUUCUAUUUUCUUGGUUGCAAAAGAAAUUUGAAUAUUUACCAUUCAGUUCCAUAUGAUGGAAAUGCAGUAUAUCACAGUUAUUGAAUCUUUUUUUUUUUUUUUUUAUCAUUUAAGAACAAUUUUCUUAAUGUGGAUAAAAAUACGAGAACUGGAGAGAAUAUGUGGUCAGGCAGCUCAGAUUGGAAUUUUUUAUUUCUCUAGACAGACUGGAUCUGAAGAAUAUCAAUAAUUCUGUGCCCCUUUAAUUGAGAUCAAAGCUAUAUAUAUAUAUAUAUAUAUAUAUAUAUAUAUAUAUAUAUAUAUAUAUAUAUAUAUAUAUAUAUAUAUACGUCAUAUGCAAAGUGCAGUAAAGGUCACCAUAAAUACUUUUUAGAUCCACAGACAGAAUAUCUACAGUAAGCUACUAUUUUUUGUAUCCUUUGGCCCUCACAGUGACCCCUAAUGUCUCUUGUUCUGUGCGCCUGAUUAAAAUUAGCUUCUAAUAUAAACACAUAUUAUGGAUGUAGUUUCAUCUUUAGGGCAAUAACACGACUCCUGAGCUGUUUUUGUGCUUUUUGGGUCACAGCAGGUUGCUCCUCAGCCAGCCUGUCCGCUAGAGAAGUCAGGACUUUAAUGUGCCUUAGGGAAAGCAAGGUGAUGCAGGAAAAAACACACCAGCUGUAUGGUGUUUUAUUUCUUCCUUCUUUUUUAUUUUUAUGGGUGUAUGGAGGGAUUUGGCCAAAUUUGAACCCUUAAACUGCAGACAGACAUUCUGCAGCCCUCCUUUACAUCUCGCUUUAGUUCAGUUGAUAAGUACUGCUUAUUUUACAUGAACAAAACCCUUAAUUUCCCCCUCCUGUGAUUUGCAGUGAUAAAAAACCAGUGCAAAGGAAUACAUUUUUUGUCUAUUUGGAGAAAUAUAUACUGCAGGGGAGACCAUUGAUUUAAUUUUGAAUGUUGUUUUAUUCUAGAGAGAGAUAGACUUCUUCUGUAUGCUAUUAAUUGAAGUAAUUUUGAUAAUUGCUCAGUGGUAGGAUUCAUUUAUAAAAAUUGCAAAAACACAAAAAUCACCAGUCCAUGUUGCAUCUAGAGGCAAUAUGAACACUCAUACCAGCAGCAGCAAUAUUUGGUUGGAUGAAAACUAAAGAUCUGUGCCGCCAGCUGGACAUUUUAAGUCACUUGCUUCUUCUUCUUUUUUUGAACUUGUAUGAGAAGAGCUCGGUUAUGUAUUGUGGAUGUAAAAAAAAUGCACGUUUAAGCCUAAAACCAAAUGAUUUGCUGUAUGAAAGCAAACUAGCAGCCUCCUCCUCCUCCUGAACCGUGUCCUAUAGCCAAGCUUCUCCUCCGGGUUCAUCUCUCUGAUCUACAGUAUUUUUAAGCUUCUGUUCCGGUUGUGUAUUUUAUUUUUUAUCCUCAUUUAGUUAAUGAAUAAAUAAAUCUCGGCUGAGUCUCUUAUAGCGGGAUCUUUGAGACGGAGCUCUAUAUUCAGACGGUCUUCUUAACAGGAUAGUUGGGGGAUGAAACCUUUACGUCUGUUCUGUAUUUAUUGUAAUAUUCACCUGAACACUAUCCGAAAUAUAGAUUAAUUUGAUGUUUAAAUGCAAUGGCAUUUAUAGCAUACUGUAUGUUUAUAAAUAAAAUGUUAUACAUCAAAA